AUGCUGAUGACAUCUCAAGCUUUUGAAGAAGGCAACAAAAAGAGUGGUGUCCUGGUAAGCAAGACCAGUGGGAUGCAUAGCACUGAGCUGAGAAUGUGGCUCUGGGUCACAGUUCUGAUUUCCCAUGCUGUGUAUUUGGCUGUGGAGGAAGAAACUGAUGAAGGAAUACCUUGUUCAAAAUACCAGCAAGCUUUCAACCAUUCAUGCUAUGAGAUUGUUAGACUCCAGCAAACCUUCACAGGUGCCCAGAGCUGGUGUGAGAGAGAAGGAGGUCAUCUUGUCUUUAUUCAAAAUGAGGAAACUCAAGAGUUCUUGCAAAAACAUAUUGCUGAGGAUCAGGAAUGGUGGAUAGGACUGAUCUCAAACUCCUUGCUGAAUGAAACUACUGAUGGGUCAAUAACUUGGCUGGACACUUCAAAUAUAAUCUACAGUAACUGGUACAAGGAUCAGCCAUCUCACUUCUCAUCCAUGUGUGGGUACAUCCUGAAGAAUGCCAAGUAUCAGUGGGGUGUGACUGAAAAUUGCAGUCAGGAAUUUGACUUCAUUUGCGAGUUUGAAUCUGGCCAGAGCAUCGCUUGUGAUAACUCCAAUGCCACUGUACAGUGUGGAUCAGGAGAAGUGAUUCAAAUUGAAGAGAGCUUCUAUGGGCGGAAGACCCCGCACUACUGCGUGUCAGAGACUCUGCAGUUUGAAAGAGAUGAAGGCUGCAGCUGGCUCAGCAUCAAGGAUGAAGUAACAGGCCAGUGUCACGGGCUGCAGGCUUGCCAGGUGGCAGCAGAUGGCACUUUCUUUGGAGAUCCUUGUCCAGCUUUGGGAAGCUAUUUGUCUAUUCAAUACCACUGCAAGGAAGGUCUGAAGCUGAUUAUGAAAGACACAUGUUUUAUCUUUGAAAAUAUCACAGUCACUUUGAUCUGGCUUCUCUCACCAUAUUCUGGGAACCUUUCCUGUACCAUUAGCACUGGAGAUGGUCACACCAUUGAUCCUUACUACCCUCUAACACUGGUCAGCAACAUCACAUACAGGUACUCCUCUCCUGGGGAGUUUACUGUUUUUGUGGAGUGCACCACCAGCGAGUGGCACGUGAUGGCACAGAGGCAGGUGACAGUUCAGGAUCAGGAGGAUCAGCUCAGCAUUACGGGGUGCUACAGCCAGUAUGGAACAGGGAACAGCUCCCACUGCCAAACGCUCUAUGGGGAGGACCUGUGGGUCCAAGUUCAGCUCAGUGGAGGCAGUGGAGUAACCUACAGUGUGUUAGCAGAUAACAUGACAUUGAGUGAAUCCAGUGCAAAGGAAGGUCUUGUCCCCCAUAACCUGACACUCAGCAGGGCCUCUCAAGAGCUGAUAGGCCCAGGGAUGCACCAGCUGGAAAUCCGAGCAUCCAGGAGCACGAUGGCACCGGAGAUCUCUGGGACUAUUGCUGUCCAUUUAAUUGAGCCAGUGUCUGGAAUUCAGGCUGCAGUAGCUUCCCACACUCUGCAGCUGGGGGAGGAUUUGGAGGUGAAUGUCUCUGUGUCCCGUGGUGCCCCAGAGAAGCUGAUGUUUGAGGUGACUGGAUCCAACCGAACGCAGUGCCACCGAGCAGACAGCCCUCGUGGGGAGCCGCGGACGUACGGCGUUCCCGUGCCCUGGGAAGGUACAGCACACCGACACCUCCUGCGCUUCCAGGGCAUCACAGAUGAGCACAGGUCACAUAAAGAGUCACAGCAUCCUGGCCUAGGGGACAGUCAUGCACAGCUGAAUUUGGCAGCUUUUCUGACUGCUCAAACUUUGCAGAGCAGGAUGAACAGCACAGUCCUAUGUACUUUUGUAGUGAAAGUGGUGGCCAUGAAUGACUUCUCAAACAUGAGUCUGGAUCUUGGAUUCAUCACUGUGUUGGCAAACAGCUCCCAUAAAAAAGAUUCUGAUAAGGAAGAAGGCAGCUACAAAACAAAUACCAGAAAGAAAAAUGAUCACAAAAUAUAUAUUAAACCAAGUCGCCAUGUGGAUCCUUUCACAACUGUUACACUUGGCUGGCCAGACAGAAACAAUAAUUCCAGUUUUCUCUGGACCUGUGGAGCUUGCUGGCCUGCCUGGAGUGAAUGUGUGAAACAACAGAUAAUCCUAAUCAACAAAAGUGAGGUGCAAAUCCCACCUUCCUGCCUUCCUCCUCCGAAAUCAGCAGUGACUGUCAGGAUUACUGUCCAAAACCAUGGCAGUGAAGAGAGGCAGGAUGAGCAAUGUCUCUAUGUGACUGCAAAAAAACAAGAACUGCAACUGGAAAUCAGGUGUGAGUCAAACUGCAAGCCAGUGAAUGUUAGUGAUGAAGUUGUUUUGAGUGUCUCUGGACAGGAGGACUCCCAGGCCAUAUAUUAUAACUGGUAUUUAGAUAACACAUUCCAAAACAAGUCUACAACCCUCCCUCUAGCCUGUGGCCUGACUGGUUUCCGGCAAAACUCUUUGAAUUUGCUUCAAAGCAACUCAUCUGUGUUAAGAAUGACCAGCUCCUUCCUGCAGACACAGGGAGAAGCUUUUCAGAUUAAAGUAACAGCCGCGACUCAGCGAGGCUACGGGGAGCGAUGGUUCCUGGUGAGCACCGUGCCCCCGCCCGAAGCCCCCGGCUGUGCCGUGAGUCCCGGGCACGGCUCGGUGCUCACCGCCUUCAGAGUCUCCUGCAGCGCUCCCGGCUCGGAAGGGUCGGGCCAGGCCAGCCCUGGCAGGCAGCUCACGUAUUGCUUCUAUGUGACACCAGAUUCUCUCCUGGAUUGUAGCCCGGAUCCUGAAGUCUUCCCAGUUUAUCUUCCACUUGGAGAAGAGGAAAAUAAUUUUAUUGUACAUGUGAAAAUUAUCGUUAGCAACAACGUUGGUGAUACAGUUCAAACAAAUGCUUCAGUGAAGGUUGGACCUGCAGAUAUGAUGGACGGGAACCUGACCCUGCAGGCUGUGGUAUCUGAGAAGGCAAACACCAUCCUAAAAGAUGGGAACAGCAGCAUGAGUCUCUUCCAGCUGUACAAGUCAGUGACAUCUGUCCUUAAUCAGCAGAUCCAAGAGGAAAGUUUUAACAUGUCUUUACAGACAAACACACGAAAAGAGCUCCGAGGGCUGAUGCUGACAACACUCUCUGUUGUUAACAUAACAUCAAUGCAGACUGCUCUGAAGAUGUCAGAGGUAUUGAAAGAAAUCACUUACAGGAGUGAAGAGCUGUCUGUCUCAGCACAGGUGGAAGCCAGCAACACUCUGAGACAUGUCAGUGCCUCCUUGCUCACUGUAAACACAGAGCACAGCAGAGAUGGUCAGGAGUUAAAGGAAGCAGCCAACUAUCUGUUUAAUGCAGUGAGUAGUGUUCUUAAAGCUUCUGUAGAAAUGAAAGCUGGGAACACUUCAGUGCCAGAGGCAAAACAGAGUUCAGUGUCACACCAGCUCCUGAGUACAGUUGAAAAUCUCCAGAGUGCCCUUCUGUUUGGGAAGGCACCAGGUGAUGAGCCAACAGUGCUCAGCUCUCCCUCUGCCACAAUGUACAUGCACAGAUUACAAACAGAAAACAUGGAUAGCACAUCCAUUAACAUCUCCAAUUCCAGCUCUGCCAGCUUUACUCUCCCACCUGCUUCCUCUCUCAAUAUUUCAGGAGUUGAUGGUGAAACAGUGGAUAUAAGGAUGGUGAGCUUUGCCAUGAAUCCCUUUUUCUCCAGUGACAGCAGUUUUGACAUCAGUGGAACAGUGGGAGGUCUAAGUCUCACUGGUCUGGAUGGUUUGAUCAUACCAGUCAGCAACCUCAAAGAGAACAUUGAGAUCAUGUUACCAAGGCUUUCAGCAACUCAGGAAGAUAAGAUUCUGUUGAAUCUGGGCAAUUAUAGCACUUUUCAAGUCAAUAUUACCUCAGAAAACACAUCUAUAGUGAUUCAUCUGGAAUCUGAACACGACAUUUCACUAAUACUUUACUUGGGGUAUGGUUAUCACCCAAAUGAAACCAACUAUGAUAUGAAAAAUCAUCUGUUCUAUAAGAAAACUUCUGGAGGUGACAUGAACAGCUGGGUUCUCAGCCCAGAAGAACUCAUUUUUGGAGAGGGAACCUACUAUUUCCUGGUUUUACAAGAUAUGGGAGUAGAUUCAACAGUCUACAAUGGGCUAACCAUAAAUGCCACUUGCUUUGCAUCCCGCUGUGUAUUUUGGGACGAGCACCAGGAAAGCUGGAACAGCUAUGGAUGUCAUGUAGGACCAAAAACAAAUCCUAGCAGCACACAGUGCCUCUGCAACCAUCUGACCUUCUUUGGGAGCUCCUUCUUUGUCAUACCCAAUGCCAUAGAUGUCAGCAAAACAGCACAGCUGUUUGGUACAUUUGUGGACAAUCCUGUGGUGGUGACAACUGUAGGAUGCAUUUUUCUGAUAUAUGUGCUUGUAGUUAUUUGGGCUCGAAGGAAAGACAUCCAGGAUAAUGCCAAAGUGAAAAUCACAGUCCUGGAAGACAAUGACCCCUUUGCUCAGUAUCGUUACCUUGUGACAGUUUUCACAGGACACCGCCGUGGUGCAGCCACAACCUCCAAGGUGACUCUCACCCUCUAUGGACUGGAUGGAGAGAGUGAGCCUCACCAUCUAAAUGAUCCUGAUACACCAGUCUUUGAACGUGGAGGAGUGGAUGUUUUCCUCCUCUGUACCUUCUUUCCUCUUGGGGAACUACAGAGUAUUAGACUGUGGCAUGAUAAUUCAGGGGACAGUCCAUCCUGGUAUGUGAAUCGAGUAUUAGUCCAUGACCUGGCAUGGGAUCAGAAAUGGUACUUCCUCUGUAACUCUUGGCUAGCCAUUGAUAUUGGAGAAUGUGUCCUAGAGAAAGUGUUCCCAGUAGCAACAGAACAGGACAUGAAGCAGUUCAGCAAUCUAUUUUUCAUGAAGACCUCCAAGGGUUUCCAGGAUGGACACAUCUGGUACUCGGUUUUCAGCCGCUCCCCUCGAAGCUCCUUCACACGAGCCCAGCGUGUGUCCUGUUGCUUCUCACUGCUGCUCUGCACCAUGCUGACCAGCAUCAUGUUCUGGGGUGUGCCAAAGGAUCCUGCUGAGCAGAAAAUGGAUUUGGGUAAGAUCGAGUUCACAUGGCAGGAAGUGAUGAUUGGCUUUGAGAGCUCUCUCCUCAUGUUCCCCAUCAACCUGCUCAUUGUGCAGAUCUUCAGGAACAUACGACCCCGGCCAGCCCAGCAGAGCAGAGAGAAGAAGCCGGAGAAGAAUGGCCGAGUGUCCCCAAGCCUGCCUUCCACCCCAGAGGCCUCCCAGGCUGCCUCUCUCACUCCAGAGGCUGUGACAAAGGACAUAAGAAGAAUUGCCAACUCACUCUUUAAAGCCCUGAAGACUCCAUCUCUCACCUCAGCACCAGACCUUGAAAAAUCAACUAAUAUCAACUCACUCCUGUCAGUGGUUGAGGAUGUCAUCUGUCAGCAGAACAGAGCUGGGCAAGGGUUUUAUGAUGACAGCAAGAAGGAUGGCCCUAUAAUUGUCACAUUGGGUGCUAUGGAUGUCCAAGAAAAAACAAGAAGUCCAACUCCAGAGAAGAGAAUUUGUGACCAGCUGAAAUACAGUGAUUACCAUCGUUGCUUGUACCUGCAACUCCAGCAUGUAGAGAUGGAGCUGGAAUUACUGGGACCCCAUAAAUUUCAGAUGCCUCAGAGUUACACACAAGCUGUUUGUCAGGUUCAGCACAUGAAGAACCUCCUGGAGAACCAAAUCUGUUCAUCAGCAUCCAUCAGUGAAGGGUGGUCCCAUAGUCCAAACUUGUCCAGUGAUAACAAGAAAAGCUCUCCUAGAGGGCUGCCCUGGUGGUUUGUGUUCAUUGCUUGGUUCCUUGUGGCAGCCACCAGCAGUGUGUCCGGGUUCUUCACCAUGCUCUACGGACUCCAUUACGGCAAGGAGAACUCCAUCAAGUGGCUCAUCUCCAUGGUCAUCUCCUUCUUGGAAAGUCUUUUCAUCACACAGCCCUUAAAGGUGCUGGGAUUUGCUGCUUUUUUUGCUCUGGUUCUGAAGAAGGUGGAACAUGAGGAUGAAGAAAACACAGCUAUUGAUGGACCUUUAUCUGCACCAGGUAACUGCCUGCAAAGUGAUUCACACCCUCUCUUCGGGGUCAGAAGGGACAGUAGAAGCAACAUUUACCGGCCACCUCCUGCGGCUGAUGUGGAGAAAAUGAAAAUCAGCUACAUGAAGGAGCAGAAAGCAUUUGCCCUCAUCAGAGAAAUCCUGGCCUAUCUGGGUUUUUUAUGGAUGCUGUUACUGGUGGCCUAUGGGCAGAGAGAUCCCAAUUCCUACUAUUUAAACAAACACAUUGAAGACAGCUUUACAGAUGGAUUCCAUGAUGUCUACAGUUACCAGGAUUUCUUCACGUGGGCAAACACUACUUUACUCAAAAAUCUUUAUGGAUCUUAUAAAGGAUUCAUUACAGAUGGCAAUUCCAAGCUGGUGGGUAGUGCUCGAAUUCGCCAAGUAAGAGUGAAAGGAGACACCUGCCCCAUUUCUCCCAGACUCCAGCACGUAGUUGAGGAAUGCCAUGCUCCAUACUCCUUACAGACAGAAGAUACUUCAGUUUAUGGGGAGCACUGGAAUACCUCAGCCCUUGAUAACUCCUCUGAGUUGAGCUCAGCAUGGCAGUAUCAGAGUCAGUCCAAGCUGAGAGGACACCCCAGCUGGGGUAAACUUGCCAUCUACAGCGGAGGGGGAUAUGUGAUUCACCUGGGAACUGACCCUAAAAACGCCUCCAGAAUUCUCCAGUACCUUUUCAACAAUGUCUGGCUUGACACCUUCACAAGAGCAGUGUUUGUUGAAUUUACAGUCUACAAUGCCAACGUGAACCUGUUCUGCAUUAUAAGCCUGAUGUUUGAAAGCAAUGCUUUAGGGGCCUUCUUCACAAGUGCAGAGCUGCAAAGUGUCCGGCUGUACCCCUACACCGACAGCCUCCACAUCUUUGUGGUUGCAGCAGAAGUCAUUUAUUUCCUCUUCAUUGUGUACUACAUGAUAGUACAGGGAAAGCUGCUGAAGAGUCUGAGAUGGAGAUACUUCCACAGCAAGUGGAAUCUCCUGGAGAUGGCCAUUAUAUUGAUUAGCUGGAGUGCUCUGUCAGUGUUUGUGAAACGGACAGUCCUUGGGACCAGGGACAUCAGCUACUACCAGGAACACAAGGAGGAAUCUAUAAGCUUCAGUGAAACAGCAAGAGCUGAUGCAGUUCUUGGCUACCUGAUUGCAUUCCUGGUGCUUCUCUCCACAGUGAAACUGUGGCAUCUGCUGAGGCUCAACCCUAAACUGAACAUGAUCACUUCAACCCUAAGGAGGGCAUGGGGUGAUAUCUCUGGAUUCAUCACUGUUAUUGCAAUCAUGUUCCUUGCCUAUUCCAUUGCUGCAAAUCUGAUAUUUGGCUGGAAGCUCUACUCUUACAAAACCCUCCUUGAUUCGGCAGAGACCAUGGUCAGUCUUCAGCUGGGAAUCUUCAACUAUGAGGAGGUCUUGGACUACAAUCCAAUUUUAGGCUCCUUCUUAAUUGGAUCCUGCAUCAUUUUUAUGACAUUUGUGGUACUGAAUCUGUUCAUUUCGGUGAUUCUGGUUGCUUUUAGUGAGGAGCAAAAGCAUUACCAGGCUUCAGAAGAAGAGGAGAUUGUUGAUCUAAUGCUAAUGAAACUCUUCAGUUUCUUUGGGAUAAAAUGCAAGAAGGAAGAGAAGCUGGUCACUGGCGAACAACUGGAGCAACCUGUCAGCGAGUGA